AUUAAUACUUUAUAUACUUCUUUUUAAUAAAACACAAGUAUUUUUUACACUAGACAAUCUACUCAAGUUGAGUUAGAUAAGAUUAUUUUAAAUGAUAAAUUUUUUUCCUCUAAGUAUUUAAUAUAUAGUUAGAUACUUAUAACACAAGUUAAAAAUUAAUAAUUUUUUAUUCAACAACAACAACAACGUCUCAUCCCACUAGGUGAGAUCGACUACAUGGAUCAACUUCCGCCAUAAUGUUCUAUCACUUCUAUCCAAAUUUUUUAUUCAUAAAAAUAAAAAACAGAUGAUAAAGAGUAUAUAAUAACCUAGAUUUUUUGGAUUAAAAUUAGAAUAAAUUUGUGUAAGUUGAUAUAUUUGCUAAGUGAUAUUAAUACUUCAUGUAUAACUAAAUAGAAUAGAAUAAAACAGAUAUGCGUAUAUAAUAAGGUUGUAUUUGGUUUGGUGGCAUUAAUUUCUCUAGACGCUUUACACAACAUAUUAUUGUAAGGCUAGCUAGCUAGCCAUGGCUGAGUCGGACAACGAGUCCGGAGGUCACACGGGGAACGCAAGCGGAAGCAACGAAUUCUCCGGUUGCAGGGAGCAAGACAGGUUCCUUCCGAUAGCGAACGUGAGCAGGAUCAUGAAGAAGGCGUUGCCGGCGAACGCGAAGAUCUCGAAGGAGGCGAAGGAGACGGUGCAGGAGUGCGUGUCGGAGUUCAUCAGCUUCAUAACAGGAGAAGCGUCCGAUAAGUGCCAGAAGGAGAAGAGGAAGACGAUCAACGGCGAUGAUCUGCUGUGGGCCAUGACCACGCUGGGGUUCGAGGAGUACGUGGAGCCUCUCAAGGUUUAUCUGCAUAAGUAUAGGGAGCUGGAAGGGGAGAAAACUGCUAUGAUGGGAAGGCCACAUGAGAGGGAUGAGGGUUAUGGUCAUGCAACUCCUAUGAUGAUCAUGAUGGGGCAUCAGCAGCAGCAGCAUCAGGGACACGUGUAUGGAUCUGGAACUACUACUGGAUCAGCAUCUUCUGCAAGAACUAGAUAACAGGUUUAUGCAUGUGUUAUCUCAUCUGUUUAAGCUUAUUAAGGAUGGUGAUAUUUGAUUUAUAUUAUGUUUGAUUUUAGAAACACACCAGCUCCAGCUUGUAAUUGUUGCUUGAAACUUCGUUGUUGAGAGAAUAUAGACAUUAUUGUGGAUGGUGAUGUGACAUGCACAGAAUUUUUGUAUUCUUCUUUCUUUCAAUGGAUUUAUGUGAGGACAGGACUAUGGCUUAAUUUGUUUGCUGAUCGUAAUAUAUAUGGUGGUAUCUAGGUUCA